CUGUAGAUGCGUAUGAAGGUGGAGGCGCUGAAGAAGAUCUUCACGCAGCUACACUACGAGCAGUCGGUGCUCUUUUCCAAUUCCAAAAUGCGCGCAGAUUCGUACUGCAAUUACCUGAAAGCCGGUGGCAUACCCUGCAUGCUGCUGUCGGAUGAUUUCGCCCAGAGCGAGCGCUCCGAGGUCUUUGAGAACUAUCGCAGCUUAUCGGUGCGCACCAUUGUGGACACGGAUCUGAUUGCAUGCGGAGUGGACUCGCAUCAUGCCAACCUGGUGAUCAAUUUGGAUCCGCCCAACGAUCAUGUCAUAUAUUUGCAUCGGUCGGGGCGUUCCGGUCGCUUCGGGUCAAAGGCCAUUGCCAUCACAUUCAUCUCAUCGCCGAAGCAGAGCGAACAUUUUAAGCGGAUUCUGGCAAAGGCAGGCACUGGCAUGUCCGUUCUGCAGUUUCCCACUGAAGGGCAGCCGUCGAAGGGAUUUAAUUACUUUGAAUUUGAUGCUUAUGGGUUUCCGUAUUACUUUAAGUCGGAAGCCAACGAGCAGGACGAGAAUGAGUUGAAUCAAAUCAAGAAACAAAAGGCCACCAAACUGGCCAUCAAAAUAUCCAACGAAAAGGCAGAAAAGGCAUCCAGAGACGUGUCUCCAGUGGAGGUAAAGACGCAGGUCACAGAAGCAGCUGCAGGGCAACAAAUCGUUUAGGAAUGUGCCCAACAAGGAGUUUUUAUCGCUCCCGCUGUAGUGCAGGAGGAAAAGCCAAACAAUCUAGAAUUUGAGGUUAAAACAUAUCCCACAGUGGCAGACAGCCAGCAGCCGUUGCCGGAAGACAUUCUAUCGCCAAACGAUGACAAGCCCAGCACCAGCUCGGCAGCCAAAAAGAGGGAAAAACUGAGGCGAAAAGCAGAGAAACAAAAGCACGCCAAAAGCAACUUGGGUGCGCCAGAAAAAGCGAACGUUAGUGCUUCGGCAGACAACAAGGAGAAUCGACCAACAUAUGGAGCAGAAGCGAGAAUGGAGAAGCCGCUGGAAACACUCAUGCAAGUGGAAGACGGACCCCGACAGAUGUUUCCCAGCCACCAACACACCUCUCGGUCAGCUCGGCUAUAGCCGAAACCACAGGAGAGCUACCGCUAGAGACCCACCAAACAGUCAUGGAAGUGGAAGAUUCUCCACAGACAUCACAAACACCAACAUAUGUGUCACAGGAGCCAACGGCGACCCCGUCAGAUGUCUCCCAGGAGCCAACCCAAUCGACUGGCUGCUCGGCUGCCACUCACCCGGGACCGCCCGCAAAUUCAAUCAAUACGAAAACCUACUUCCUAGUGGUGCCCGCCAUGGACAACAGCUCGACCACGCUGCAGCCUCAUGUGCUGUCGAAUACGGUGGACGAUGCCAGCAGCAUUGUGUCGGACAGCCUGGAGUGCGGCUAUGGCAGUGAUACAUACCUCCUAUGUCAGCCACUACACGGAGAGCGAUGGCCAGUUAAUGUGGCAGAGCUACAGGGCACGUCUGCAGGUGCUCAAGCGUCGUCGUCGCUCCCUGAAGACACGUCCCUGGUACCACAAAUGGUCAACGUUUGGGCGUUUGCACAAAGCAUUCAAGAGCGUCAAGACCCGGCAUUGAAUCGCUGCUGCCAGUGCUGGCCCAUCAUCAGUUCCCAUUGAAGUUUGAAAAUCGGGAGAGCUGAAUCCAACGCUUGAAUGCCUACAAAAGGCUAUUCAAGGUGAACAACGAGUUGGACUGGCUGGACGAGUUUUACAAGACGGCAAAGGAAGUUUACUCUACGGAUUAUGGUAAUGCCACGGAGCAGGACAAAUCAGAGAAGCCGCAACAGCAGCAGCAGCAGCGCUGGGUAAGCUGAGCGUUCAUGUUGCCCAUCAGAUGUAUAUUACAGCAGUUAAAGGAAGUUGUUGAGGAAUUGAGUUCCCCGUCGAGCGGCUUUGGUGAGAGUACAGAGGAGAUUGCUUCAUCUGGCAUUGGGACUUCUGCCUACAAUCCUUCUGCCUCCUCGGAUCGACUGGAAAAUUAUGAUGAAGAUGACGAGGACACAGAGAGCAGUUACAGCUAUGAAUGCGAUGAAAGCAAGGGAAAAAAUGCCAGAGUUGCAGCCAUUGCUGCUAGACCCAUUGCCAUUACUGUCAGACAAAAUGACAACGGCACAAAUAAAGCAAAAGUUUUGACCACUGGAACUGAUCAGGCUGGAGGCAGUCACCCAAAGGCUGACCCAGAGGAAGCUGCAGAAAGCAGCGCCACAGAGGAAGAUGAAGAAAGCAUCGCCCAAGGCGAGCCAGAUGAAAGCAGCGCCCCAGAGGUUCGUGCAACAGAAACUUCGGACUUGGACCACAUAAACCGCGCCAUGCAGCUCUGGGAGGAGACCUUCAACAGGCAGUAUCUGCUGAUAACAAACCAUGUGGCCGCACACAUGUCACAAUUGCACGAGGAAGAUGGUUAAGCACA